GCGAUGGUGUGUUUACAUUGUUUACAUACUGCAGUGCUGCAUGGUUCAACGUGAUGCGUUAAGUUCGCGAUGUUUUUGGCACGAUGUUUAGCUCUGCGACUGCACACUUUUACCGCUUACGCCUUGGGGACAGUAAACAUACGCGCUGUGCAGUCAACAUUUGUAUCUAGGGCACAUACGUCGCAUUUUACGAGAGUCGCAGUUAGUAGCCAUGUGCUCGUGCGCCGAUACUGCCAAGAUUCCGCAAAGCCAGAAAAACAGAAAGUUGAAUUUGUCUUGCUGAUAAACACCGAUGACAAGGUUCUUGGGACCAAAACAAAGGACGAAGCAAUCUUGUUUGCCAAGAAACACGAUUAUCACUUGGUCAAACUCGAAGAUGACAAACAUGCUGAGGCCAAGAAGAGGAAAAUAUACAAGGUCAUGACGUCACAACAGAUGGUUGAAUAUGAAGAAAAGCUAGCAAAGGCUGCUGCAGGAACCAGCGCCCCAGGCACAGCAAAGCAGCGCACUGUGAAGCAUGUGAUUGCAACCAGCAAGAUCACCGAAAACGACCUGAACACCAAGCUCAAGAGCAUAGCAAAGUGGCUGGAGAAGAAAUGUGAAAUCCGUGUUGGAAUAACUGGGAGUCCGGAUUCGACAAAACAGUUGGAGGCCAUCUAUGGAAAGUUUGAGACCUUCCUGGCGGGCGAAGCAAGGUUUCUGCAGAAGAGGAUUAGCAAUGGAGUUCUCAAAUUUGUAAUCAUGCCUCCUUCAGAAAAGAAGAGCUCUCAAAAGCCAGAUUCAUCUGAAAAAGAAGUCCAAGAAGAGUGACCAUGGCUGCUCUACGCCACCGGCCAGGCUGUCGGCAAGAGGCACGCAGGCGUGCCGAGUGAAAUCCUCUGGAAGUGACACUGCAUCGUCGGAGUCUUUGUCC